AUGCCUAACCAGGACAUGGAAAUGUUGAAUCAACAACGUCAGUCAACCGAAGAUCAUGUGCCUAGUAGCGAAAAUGAUAAAAAAGAAUCAACUACAAUUCGUGUACCUACAACAAAUGCAUCUGCAAAAAGCGAUAAACCACCGCCCACCAUGUUUUCAAGGCUAAAGAACAUGAUGCCAACCUUUGCACAAAGCCGAAAGACGAUCAAAUCUUCUAUCGCUCUCGCUCUUGCUCUUAUAAUUAACAUCAACCCUACUACCAGAGGAGCUCUUGGAGAUGGAGCACUACUUGUCACUAUUGUUAUGGUCUUUUAUUUUCCUUCCAAGACUAUAGGUGUACAAACUGAGGCAGUAGUGUAUGGUACAUUUGGCGCUCUUGUUGGCGCUGCUUGGUGCUUUUUAGGCAUGUACCUCGGAAACCUUGCUCGAGACAAGACAAAUCCAGUUCCUGUUCAGCCUGCAUGUAGUGCGGUUCUCGCUGUAUUUUUGUUUGUUGCUACAUUUGUGAUCAAUUAUGUUCGAAUGAAACUUCCAAAAGCCAAUUUUGCAUGCAUAAAUGCCUGUAUUCAAACAACUAUGGCUCUGACACAAGUAUCUAUUAUUCCCGGGUUUUAUCCGAUUCUUAUUUGGAGUUUUAUGAAACCCAUCGCACUUGCAGGAGGUCUUUCCUUGGCAGUUAACUAUUUUAUCUGGCCAGAUGAUAGCGUUACAAACUAUAUGUUGGUGUUGAAAAAAACACUUUUGGGCUGCAAGUCUUUUGUGAAAGAGCAUUCGGAUGCAUUUUUAGAAACCUCACUAGGCGAUCUCGAAACAACUCUCCCCACAAUCCUCAGCAAGGUUCAGGGAGAUAUACUAAUGCUCAUUGACAGCAAGCGGGCCGUUCAGAGAGAAAUCAUUUACUCGCGAGUCUCUGCUCAGGAUUUAAGUAACAUCACCAGAAUCGUCAAAGCAUUGAGACCCACUAUUCACGGAAUCGGCCUUAGUUGGGUCCUCAAAAAGCAAUACUAUGCAGAGAAGAAAGAUAGUGAAAACAAAGACGAAAGCAAAGACGAAAACUUGGAUGGUGAAUUCGAGAAACUUCUACAGUCAAUACAAUCCAUGCAACCUGCCUGCGAAGUUCUCGUAGAUGCAUCACAGACAGCCAUCACUCAAUGUGUAAGCUCACUCGAUCAUUUUCAUCGAUUUGUCCGCACAACUCUCAAUAGUAUCUUGUGGCCAUUCCCUCGGUUUUUCUACUCUGGAAAUAUCGAAGCAAGGAAACAACAACAUAUUGAAAUGACAACUCCCUCAACAUGCCCAUCAGAAAAAUUACAGCAAGCUAUUAACCAAUUUGACGAAAUGGCAGGCGAUAGACUCGAGUACUUCAAAUCUCUUUACAGAAAUGGAUCUUCCUCCGAACACCGUUCGCUUUAUUUGAUUUAUCUAUACCAAUACAACAUUAGAGAAAAUGCCUUGUGUACUCUUCAAUUGAUCAAAUAUAUGGAAGAGCUCGAGAAAACUCGGCCAGGACGUCGUCUCUGGUUUCCUCAUAUGUCAAUCAGAAAAUGGUUCAAGUCUCCAGAAGUCGAUGCAAACAUUGGUGGCGAUGCUAAUAAUUAUGGAGAAAUGAACCAGCAACAGGGAAUGACACUAGUCCGUACAGCAACCCGUCAAGACAUGAAUACUAAUAACGCAAGCACUGAAAAAAGAAGUAUUACAAAAACAGUCGGUGGCAGAGUCUAUAUGCGUGAUGCAGAUGUUGAAGCACCAGUGACCCUACGGGAGCGAUUCUUUUACAGAACCCAGAUUGUUAGCGAGUGGCUUUUUGAGACAGAUACCGUCUUUGCCUUCAAGACAGCCGUUGGUGUCGUCUUGGGUGCAAUUCCAUGCUACAUGGCUUCCCAAGUUUCAUGGUACUUUGCAUGGCACGGACAAUGGGCACUUAUUACGCUUGUAUUGUGGAUGACUCCUAUGACUGGAAUGUUCAACUUUACCCUUUUACUCAAAGUUAUUGGUACUAUCCUGGGAGGUGUCUUUGGAAUUGUCGUUUGGGAGAUCACACAAGGAAACCCCUAUGCUUUGGUGGUUGUUUGUUUCAUCGUAUUCCUUCCACUCUAUCACGUCUUCUUCUAUGGAAACACUUUAAGAAUUGUUGCUUUGAUGAUAAAGGUUACAAUGCUACUGAUUGUCGUGUAUGAAUAUGACUUUAAGCGUUACGGUACUACCAACUAUGAUCCAGUGUGGACUCUUGCCGGAAAGCGCGUGCUUUUGGUUCUUAUUGGUAUCAUCGCAUCAUCUGUUCUUAUGAUUAUACCAUAUCCUGUUAUUGGACGAGUUGAACUUCGAAAACGACUAUCCCAAACUAUCUACGAUAUUGAGAGAAGUUACAGUAUCGUAAAUGCAUCUGUAAUAUGUGCUUCAAAUGGCAAGUCUCGAACAGAAGCUCAAGAGAAAUCUUUCCGACAACUAUCACUUGAUAUCCGACGUCAAAUUGAAGAUGAACGUAUGUUCUUGCUUCUUUCAGUCUUUGAGCCACCCCUUCGUGGAAAGUUCCCAAAGGAUACUUAUGCAAAACUCUUGGGAAGUGUUGAUAACAUGGCAGGCUUAAUCCAAGGAAUGUCUCACUCUGUUCGUAAUGUUGACCCAGUAUGGAGAAAUAUCGUUGCAAACACCCUGAUACAGGAGCGCAAAGACUAUCUCACAGCAAUCAUGACAACACUUAAACUUACGUCAAGUGCAUUGGCAACCAAACUGCCUUUGCCACCUUACAUGAUUUCCCCUGAUGAGGCAAGAAGACGGUUCAAGACAGCAUUGGAACAAAAGAUUCAAAACGGCGCUCCUGAGGUCUCACCCGAAGCAUUUUCUGGAUAUAGUGCAUAUAUAUUAAACAGCAAUACCUUCUUAGAAGAAUUACAGACUCUCUUAAAAGCUGUCGAGGAUCUCGUGGGUAUAGAUGAUCCUAACGAAUGGUUAAGAUCUCGUGCUUAG